GGAAGUGCACAGUGGCGCAUGCGCAAAAGGGCGGCGGGCGGGUGGGCUGGCAGCGGUGGAUUCGCGUCGGAGCCGCGGGCGGUCAGCAGGAAUUUGACUCUGGGGCAUGAAAGUUAAGCUGUUGAGCUCUGGGCUGUGUUAGCAGGAACCUUUGCAGGACGAGCAAUGGCUGCCGCAGCAGCAGCUUCUCAUCUGAACCUGGAUGCUCUCCGGGAAGUGCUAGAAUGCCCCAUCUGCAUGGAGUCUUUCACGGAAGAGCAGCUGCGGCCCAAGCUGCUGCACUGCGGCCACACCAUCUGCCGCCAGUGUCUGGAGAAGCUCCUGGCCAGUAGCAUCAAUGGCGUCCGCUGUCCCUUUUGCAGCAAGAUUACUCGUAUCACCAGCCUGACCCAGCUGACAGAUAACCUGACAGUGCUGAAGAUCAUCGACACAGCCGGGCUCAGUGAGGCUGUAGGUCUGCUCAUGUGCCGAGCUUGUGGCCGGAGGCUGCCUCGACAGUUCUGCAGAAGCUGUGGGUUGGUGUUGUGCGAGCCCUGCCGGGAGGCAGAUCAUCAACCCCCUGGCCACUGUACACUCCCUGUCAAGGAGGCAGCUGAGGAACGGCGGAGGGACUUCGGGGAGAAGUUGACUCGCCUAAGGGAACUUAUGGGAGAGCUGCAGAGGCGGAAGGCAGCCUUGGAAGGUGUCUCCAGGGACCUUCAGGCAAGGUAUAAGGCUGUUCUUCAAGAGUAUGGCCACGAAGAGCGCAGGGUCCAGGAAGAGCUGGCCCGCUCUCGGAAGUUCUUCACAGGCUCUCUGGCCGAGGUUGAGAAGUCCAACAGUCAGCUGGUAGAAGAACAGAGCUACCUGCUCAACAUCGCAGAGGUGCAGGCCGUGUCUCGCUGUGACUACUUUCUAGCCAAGAUCAAGCAGGCCGAUGUAGCCCUGCUGGAGGAGACAGCAGAUGAGGAGGAGCCCGAGCUCACUGCCAGCCUGCCCCGGGAGCUUACCCUGCAAGAUGUGGAGCUCCUUAAAGUAGGGCAUGUCGGGCCCCUGCAAAUCGGGCAAGCUGUUAAGAAACCCCGGACAGUGAACAUGGAAGACUCUUGGGCAACGGAGGGGGCAACAGCAUCGGCUGCCUCGGCCUCUGUCACCUUUAGAGAAGUGGACAUGAGCCCUGAGGAAGUGGUUGCCAGCCCGAGGGCUUCACCUGCCAAACAGCGGAGUUCCGAGGCAGCCCCCAGUAUCCAGCAGUGUCUCUUUCUCAAGAAGUUGGGGGCAAAAGGCAGCACCCCAGGCAUGUUCAACCUUCCAGUCAGUCUCUACGUGACCAGUCAGAAUGAGGUGCUGGUCGCUGACCGUGGCAACUAUCGCAUCCAAGUGUUCAAUCGCAAAGGCUUUCUGAAGGAGAUCCGUCGCAGCCCCAGUGGCAUUGACAGCUUUGUGCUAAGCUUCCUCGGAGCCGAUCUGCCCAAUCUCACUCCUCUCUCAGUGGCCAUGAACUGCCAUGGCCUGAUUGGCGUGACUGACAGCUAUGACAACUCCCUUAAAGUCUACACCCUGGAUGGCCACUGCGUGGCCUGCCAUAGGAGCCAGCUGAGCAAACCGUGGGGCAUCACAGCCCUACCAUCUGGCCAGUUUGUGGUGACUGAUGUGGAAGGCGGGAAGCUUUGGUGUUUCACUGUGGACCGAGGAGCAGGAGUCGUCAAAUACAGCUGUCUGUGCAGUGCUGUGAGGCCCAAGUUCGUCACCUGCGAUGCUGAAGGCACAGUCUAUUUCACCCAAGGCUUGGGUCUCAAUGUGGAAAACCGGCAGAAUGAACACCACCUGGAGGGUGGUUUCUCCAUUGGCUCCGUGGGCCCUGACGGGCAGCUGGGCCGGCAGAUCAGUCACUUCUUCUCGGAAAAUGAGGAUUUCCGCUGCAUUGCUGGCAUGUGUGUGGAUGCUCGGGGUGACCUCAUUGUAGCUGAUAGCAGCCGCAAGGAAAUUCUCCAUUUUCCCAAGGGUGGGGGCUACAGUGUUCUUAUUCGAGAGGGUCUUACCUGUCCAGUGGGCAUUGCCCUCACGCCUAAGGGGCAGCUGCUGGUCCUGGACUGUUGGGACCACUGCGUCAAGAUCUAUAGCUACCAUCUGAGAAGAUAUUCCACCCCUUAAAGAAGAGAAAUACCAGUUUCUUCUUUCCCCCAACUGAGUGUCCUUCCCUUUCCUUCCCUGGUUGUUGAUGGUACUGUGGAGUAGACGUGGCCUGUGUCCUGAUUCUAGCCAGAUUGCUCUAGAAUUGUAGAAACUCUAGUUUGCAGUGCUCUUUCCCUGUUAUUUCCCUUUCCCAAAUCCCUCUUUAGAGCUUUAACAGGUACCUUGUCCCAAAUAGGAGAGAUGAUGCUGUUAGCCGAAGUUGCUUAGAAGUUAGACGUUUCCACGGCUUUAGUAGGCGGCCACUGUAGCGCUUUGCCCCUGUGUUUGGAAUUUGUAUUGGUACUAAAUCGACGUUGAUUUUGCUCCUCCCUAGUUUGCCGUUUCCUACCUAUUAUAAUGUGCGUCAUCUGUGAUAGUGUAACUCUGGCUGCGUCCGUGUGCAUGCCCCAGUGGGAUCAGCCCCUCCCUUCAGUGAUAGGAGAUGUCUAGCAUGGUGUCUCUUGAUCCCCUGUACCAGUGUGAGACUGAAUCAUUAAGUGCCACCAGAAGUGACACACAUUCCCUUUGGCCGGGAGAUUUCUGCCGCCAUGGAUUAUCUUUUCAUUGCAGAUGUGCCAGAGGAUGGGUUGACCCUAGUCGGAUAGUGUUGAAAACGUCAGUCUAGAAAUUGCUUGCUUUGUGAAGGAGUUCAUAGGUGAGAACUAUGCCAUAGCCAAGGCAGAUGGGAACAUGCAAACAGAUGCUAACAUAUCCAGCAAAUUUGGCAUUUUUUUCCCCUAGGUCUCAUACCAUUUCAUACUCUUUCCUCUGAUAUGUGCUAAGAGUUAUCAGAAGAAUUGUAUAAUGUGGGCUUCAACCAACAAUGUGGGAAGGUUGGCAUAUCUAUUUUCAUUACUGAUGAACAAACCAUUAGGUAACAAUAUUUUCUUCAAGUGAGUGCAUACUAUUUGACUUUGAAAUUUCUUUAUGUUCUAUCAAGCAUUAAACUGAUAACUUUCUUCAUCACUGAUGUUCAUUUUUUAAUUAAAUAUGAAUUUCGGAAGACAAA